GCGCUCCCCGCCGGCCACACCGGCCGCCUGCGCGGCCAGGGGCGUUCGCGGGCGGCGCCGCGGGCCCCAUGUUCGGCGAGCUGAGGACCAAGCGAAGCCCCCCGCGAGGCCGCGCCGGGGCUGUGCGCGCGGGCUUCGGGGAGCACCGGGAUGUGGACGCCACUGCGCACUUCAGCUUCUGCCGGACCCUCCUGGAGCACACGGUGUCGGCAGAAAGCAUCCCCCGCCACCUGCCUCGGGCACCAGGCACCAGCCUCACGUGGCACCAUGACUCACGCAGCCAGAGACCCAUCAAGCUCCUACAGCAACCUGGCACAGAGGUCCCCCAGGGUCAGCUGUGCCUGGACCACUGCGGCCUGUACCAUACCAGCCCCUUGCCGGGUGGCCUGACACGACCUGUGGUGCUGUGGAGUCAGCAAGAGGUGUGCAAGUGGCUCAAGAAGUCUUGUCCGCAUAACUACCUCGUCUACGUGGAAGCCUUCUCCCAGCACGCCAUCACUGGACGGGCCUUGCUGCGGCUGAAUGCAGAGAAGCUGCAACGCAUGGGGCUGGCACAGGAGGCCCAAAGGCAGGAGGUGCUGCAGCAGGUGCUGCGUCUGCAGGUGCGUGAGGAGGGACGGAGCCUGCAGCUCCUCAGCCAAGCUUCCUUUGGGAACAUGUCCUAGCUGCUGCUGAGGCUCGGACCCCAGACCCCAGCACUGUGACCAAGGCCUGUGGCCAAGGAUGGCUCAGCUCCCCCUGGACGCUGCAGGAUGCUCAGUGGACUGGAGGGGACUCUGGGUGGGCUGGGGCCCCUCCUUCUGGCACCUGAACCCUGGCUCCCUAGUGCUCCUGACCACUUGAGGGGCAGCUGGCUAGGGCCAGGGUGGGUUUGGACAGCCCCUAGUCGGCUAGGUUCCUGCUGCAUCAGGAAGCUGGCCUGUUUGCUGCCCACAGGGGAUGCACUGUCUCCACACCCUUAGCUCCUUGCCCUUCCCCAUCCUUGCCCAGGGCCCAACAGGCCCAGCACAUAGUCAGGCUUACACUCCAUCUCCGAUUGCUCAUGGGAUCUGAGGCCAGCUGAGUCCAAACCGGCAAAGCCUCCAAGCUGAGAGGAGCCUGUCCAGGGAGCCCCCUCCCCAGGGCCUGAGGGGAAUCUCGCACUUAGCGCCUUCCCACCCAAGCUCUAGCCAGCACAUCUUCCCCCAAGGUGAUGUGGUCUUACCAGAGAGACUGGGGAGGGCCAUGCUCCCCUCCCCCAGGCAGUCCCACCCUCGUGUUCCUCUGGGACCCAGCCACAGUCAACCCAGUCCCCUCUGUGGCCCUGAGCUGGCCUCAGGGUGCGAACCUGGCUACCACAGGUCCCCUUGGCACCUCCAUUCUGUGCCUCCCAUGGGGAGCUCCCCACCGCAGUACCCAUGCUGUCAGCGCACCCCAGGACUCUCCUUGGCUCCCUCCUGUCCUGCCUACACCCCUCUCCUGCCCUUCCCCUUUGUGUUCACUUUUUAUACUGUGACA